AUGGGGUACAAUUUGUCCUAUGGAAAACUGCCAGACAAUCAGCUCAGCCCAGAGAACAGCAGCUCUCCCAACAUCAGCUCCCCCGGGAGCUCCAACGAGUUCACCACCAUCGUCCUGCCCGUGCUCUACCUGCUCAUCUUCCUGGCCAGCCUCCUGCUCAACGGCCUGGCCGUGUGGAUCUUCUUCCACAUCAGGAACAAGACCAGCUUCAUAUUUUACCUCAAGAACAUCGUGGUGGCAGACCUGCUCAUGACGCUGACGUUCCCCUUCAAGAUCAUCCGGGACUCGCGGCUGGGGCCGUGGCACUUCAACUCCUUCCUGUGCCGCUACAGCACGGUGCUGUUCUACGCCAACAUGUACACCACCAUCGUCUUCCUCGGCCUCAUCAGCAUCGACCGCUACCUGAAGGUGGUGAAGCCCUUCGGGGACUCCCGGAUGUACAGCAUCACCUUCACCAAGGUGCUGUCGGCCUGCGUGUGGGUGGUCAUGGCCUUCCUGGCGCUGCCCAACCUCAUCCUCACCAACGGGUACCCCACCCACAGGAAUGUCGACGACUGCCUCAAGCUGAAGUCUCCCCUGGGGGUCAAGUGGCACUCGGCCGUCGUCUACAUCAACACCUGCACGUUCGUGGUGGUGCUGGUGGUGCUGAUAGGGUGCUACAUUGCCAUCUCCAGGUACAUCUACAAAUCCAGCAAGCAGUUCAUCAGCUCCUCCAGCCGAAAGCGGAAGCACAACCAGAGCAUCAGGGUGGUCGUGGCUGUGUUUUUCACCUGCUUCCUGCCCUACCAUUUGUGCCGGAUACCCUUCACUUUUAGCCACCUGGACAAAAUUUUAGAUGACUCCGCACACAAAAUUUUGUAUUACUGUAAGGAAAUGACGCUGUUCCUGUCCGCGUGCAACGUCUGCCUGGAUCCCAUCAUUUACUUCUUCAUGUGCCGGUCGUUCUCCCGGAGGCUGUUCAGGAAAUCCAACAUGAGAACCAGGAGCGAGAGCAUCAGGUCCCUGCAGAGCGUCAGGAGGUCGGAGGUGCGCAUCUACCACGAGUACACUGAUGUCUGA